AUGGCGGAACAUGUGCAGCUGGUUUUCUCCCCCAUGUUCGGCGGCAGCGCGGAGACCGCGGCGACUCCUGCAGUUCACAGCGGCAGGCAGUCCGGAGGCGCAAACCGAGGUUUUACCGCCGGCAUCUCCGUUGUCUGGAGUCACGCCAUCAUCGGCGACCAACAGCUGAACUUCUCGUUUGGGAUGGGGAGGGCGGACCCUGCCACGAAUCCGUGGUGCCGGAUGUCCGACGGGUUCUGGGAGCCCGGUUGGAUGAAGUGCGCGGCGUUCAUGAUGCUGGAGAGUUAG